AUUUUCACGGCGAAAAUUUUGCGAAUUUGAGCAGUGCUAAACCGACCACCCUUGGUGUAACACAUUUAGCCCUAGCUUUUCCGUGGCACAUCAGUUUUCGUGAACUUAGAAAUAGUUAAGAAAGUUUUAAACAAUACAAAUCUACUCUGUUAUAUAAAUCUGUAAAAAAAAAUCUAAUUCAUACAUUAACAAGUGUAAUAGAUAUACCUACCUAAUUACACAUUGAGUUACCUAUCCAUUAUUAAAAUAAAUCGUAAAAUAUGUUGGAAUCAAAAUUACCUUCAGCUAACUAGAUUCUGUGCAAAAAUGUCUCAUAAAUAAAUAUCUAAUUUAUUGAUAACACACUCGCCAUGGCUGGUCCAUACCUAUCUCCAUUGCCUGGAGAUCUUCUAACAGAGUACAUGUUUGGUCGCCGACGCCAACGACGCAACCGGACGACCUUCACACCUCAGCAGCUCAGUGAAUUGGAAUCCUUAUUUCAGAAGACGCAUUACCCUGAUGUUUUCUUAAGAGAGGAGGUCGCAUUGAGGAUCAGUCUAUCGGAAGCCAGAGUGCAGGUAUGGUUCCAAAAUCGACGCGCAAAAUGGCGUAAGCAGGCUCGUCUUCAACUCUUGCAGGAUGCCUGGCGCAUGAGGUGCCUUGGCCUGGGAUCACCGCCGCUUUCUCUUCAAGGUCACGCUAAGCCUCCAGAUUCGUCACCAGAGGCCCCUGAUUCACCAACAGAAAAAGACUCCCCAGAGCCGCCGACGAUGGAAGCUCGAGACCUCAAGUCCCCGAGACAGGACCCCUACAUGCACAAUGGAAUGACUGAUCUUCUUCCUCAAAUCCCUUCUACAACACACGAUAUACCCCCUCCCAUGUACACUCCAGAAGAAAACAGAAUCCUCCAACAACCUUUUCCUUUUCCACCAAUGUUGAUGCCUCCACAAAUGGACAGCCCUGAAGUCGUUCCAACUGAUCUAAGAGUCAUAUCCAAAAACCCAUGCCCUUGUGAAAAUUCAAGUCAAGAUGUAGACGAACCGCAAAACUUGGCGUACCGAAGACGAGAAAAGGACAGCGACAGUGAAACCGAUACAGAAAUCGAUCUUACAUCACACUCUUCCAAAGAUGAUGACUUGAGGGAUUCAGAAAGACUUGCUAGCAGAAUAGCCACUAGUAUUUUCAGAAGUGAUACUGUUUUACACGAGUUAGUUCCGAAUGAUCUUAGUUUAGGACCUGGUAAAAAUGCAGGUGAUAAUAGAAGCAUGAGUAGAAACAAUAUAUCUAUGUAAAGGACCAGAAUUAUAAUUAAUAGAUGACUGCUAAAAACCUUAAUCAAUUAAAAUUUGAUGCAAAUUCACUCACAUUCUUGACUUCCGUCUUAUUUUUCUUUGUAAAAAAUAUCACAAAUACCUACUUACAUAGUGCUCGUCAGUAAAGUACAAUAGAUAGUAGUUAUAAUAUUAACAUGACUAUAUAAUAUACCUAGUGACAUAAUAUAUAAAAAGUUUUAAAGAAAAGAUCAAAAUAUUUUGUGCCAUGUCUGAACUUUUCUUUAGGAAUUCCUAAUGAAGUAAGAUUUUUGGAUUUAAGUAAUUAUUCUUUUAAAAAUAGUCAACAGAUUUGUCAACAACUACUUACUACUUGAUUGUUAUUUAUUGUUGUGGGAAUGGUGAAAGAAUUUUCGAAAUCCGUUCGUUAGUUUCGGAGAUUACCCGCCUCGAACAUACAAACUCACAAACUCUUACCUCUUUUUAAUAAUAGUAUAGAUUAUAGAAAACUUAGACUAGAAUUGAUUUUGUGAAAAAAAAAGAAUUCUGUUUAAAUUGUUCUGCGUAUACUAUAUUUGAGACAGAAGUUUGUUCUAACAGAAGCAAAUAUUAAAUUAAAAAAAAUACAAUAUGUAGUACGAUUUAUACUUACCUCAAAAUCUCCUAAAUACCUAGAUACUUAUAAUAUGAAAAAAAAUAAAGAAAUGUUUUUUUUUCACUUUUCUGACACAUUUUUACUUUCGAAUAACCAUGCGUAAAAAAAUACAUUUUAGUUCUUUGAUUACUUACAUAGAAAUUUAAAAUGAUAUCUAAACUAUGUAUUAUAUUUUGAGAACUGUUUAAAUGAGUGUAAAAAAAUUUUAAACUUAAGUCAAAAUGUAAACUAGGUGUAUAAAUAAUGUAAACUUCAUUAGACUCUAAAAUUUAUUCGAGUCUUCACCUUCUUCAAAUACAUAUGUACUUAAUAA